GCACUCCAGUCACGCUUCAGUGAUUCCCUAUAUAAGCAACCAAAUUUGGAAAAGGAAAGUCCAGGAAAAGAGUGAAUCCCCAGGAUAUUUAUUAAUAUAAAAUAAAGGGAUAUGGAGUAAAUGUGUACAUGUAGGACAAAAUUGCAAACAUAGAUAGAAAAAUACAAAUAAUUAAUUAACGGGGCUUUUAUUUCUGUUCUUCAUUUUUUUUUUUCGAAUAAUGCGUGCACAGUUAAAUGAUCCAACAAAUAAAAAACAAAACCCUUAAAAUGAUCUGCUAUUGCAAUAGUUAUUGGCAUUGUAACUUUUUCAAAUUAUAUUUUCUCUGAUUACAAGUGUUACUUUUUAGGAGAGAAGAAUGGCAGCCCAGCUUGUGGUAAGACCACUUAAAGCCUGUAACAACACCAGAGAGCAGCGAAAAGGUAUUGUCUGUUCCACUACAGGUUAUGAGGAGUUUCUAAAUACAUGCUGUGCAAAGUUUGAAGUUGAAGCCGUUGUUUGUGUGGUUCUUGAGGAAGAUGGGACUGAGGUUGAUGCAGCAUAUUUUUCACUCCUACCAGAGAAUACUAAUUUAAUGAUACUCUGUCCCGGACAAACCUGGCAAAAAGAUACACCACAGAGUAGCACCACACCUAGUGAUGAAAGGAUAAACCCAAGGUUGAUGUCAUAUAUAGAAAAGUGUAGGACCACCAGCAGAGUUUCAACAGCUGAGAAGAAAACAACAUCAGGGAGUAGAACUAAGACUGUAAUUAUUGGAUGGCAGCACUUUUCUUAUUCAAUAAAUAAGUACAUUCUCAUGAAAAACAGUACCAAACAGUUCAACAUUGGACCAAGACCAGUUCAGAUGAAUAAAUGUUUGACCCAAAGCCAAGUCCUCCAGGAGAUGGUGCAUAUUUUUUUUCCAAAUGGGAAAAACUUUAAAGGAAAACUCCACAGGAUGGAGUAUUUCCUGGGUAACUAUAAGGGCGAAGAGGCAGCCUUCACACAGUUGGUAGAAUAUGGUAAAGAUAAACCUCACUUAUAUUUACACACAAAAGAAAAGAUACCUAAAUUUGAGGUCCAAUCUUGUUCUGACAGUCAAGACAGUGAUAUAGAACUACCAGCACUGUCAACUUCAAGGAACUCGCCUCAAAAUGCCACUCCAUCUUCGUCGCAAACUUACCAAUUGCAAUAUACCACUAUGGCCACACCUGCAAGUAACCAAUAUACCACUAUGACCCCACCAGCAAGUAACCAAUAUACCACUAUGACCCCACCAGCAAGUAACCAAUAUAACACUAGGACCCCACCAGUAAGUAACCAAUAUAACACGUUGACCACGCCAGCCAGUACACACGUCUCUCCUGCAAACUGGAUACAGCUAGACACACCAACUGUCAGCGUAUCGAAAGACUUCAUGCACAGGUCAAUUACCGCACAUGAUGAUAAUUCACAAAGGUGCACAGUGUGUGUGGAUCGACCACAUGCAGUUAUAAUACCAUGUGGUCAUACAUUUUGUAUGGCAUGUGCUACAAAGAUUGAGGCAUUAGACCAGCCUUGUCCGGUAUGCAGAACAGCCAUUCAAGAUGUAAAUCAGUGUUUUCCUUAAAAGAGGAUUAUAGACAUAAUGAACAUGUAUGAUGAUAUGAGAUUUGUUUUUGUAUUUUUUCAUGGUAGUAUAAAUGAUGGCUGUGAAGUAGUUCUGUCAUUUUUGGAUAACUUUUGUUCAGGCAGUUAGCACCAUUCCAUAGUUGAAGGUCAUGAUAGAAAUUUUACCUGAUUUGACGACAACUCUAUCUACAUAUACUUAAAUGUUUACAAUGGUUUUAUGUCAGACAUGCAUUUGAGCUGUUGCACUCUUUAGUCUGUUUUGUGCAACUGUCAUUUAUUUAUGCAUGAAUAUAAAUAAGAUAAGUGUAUCAUUUUAUAAAAUCCAUAAUUGACAUGCUUCCAUUUAUUGAUCAGAUCACACAACUUGUUCUGUUGUUAUGAGUCUAAAGACGACAAUCUUUCUUCUGUUUAUUGUCAUACUAAAAUGUUUGUUUAAAGGUUGACAGUAGCUCUACCUUCAUUAUGACAAAGUCUUCAAAUUUCAUAUUUUAUUGUGUUUAUCUUAUGAACAUUAGGAAAAUGUUGUAAUUAGAUCAUGUAAAUGAUUAGAAAUGCUUCAACAUCAUCAUUUCGUGGAGUCUUUAUUUAUUUAAGUUUCUGGCCUAAUAUAUUUAUUUUUGCAGUAGAUGUAAAUUUGAGUUACAGCAAAAAAAUAGUAAUGUAGGUGCUGAUGGCUUGAAAUAUUGGUAUGAUAAAAACCCACUUUCCUAUAGAAACUGACUCCUGCAAAUGUAUUAAAAAAAACUUAGGUGUUAACUAUUAAACCAAAAAAAAAUAUUGAAAUAUCAGGCAAACAAGAAAUCUUUUAAUUACAAACAAAAAGGAAAUGUUUUUGUCCUCACAAAAUGUCUGAGAUAUGUAACUUGGUCAGCAAUGUCAAAAGUUCUCUUUUUCAAUAUUAGCAUUAUGUUGUUGAUUCGAAAAGUGAGCUUUAAUUUAUUUAAAAGGCAGGGUUAGUUCAUUAAAACCUCAGAACUGUUUUACAGAUAGCAUUUGUUUCCCAGAGAGGGAUUUUUUAUGUAUUGUGGUUUAAUCUUAAUUGUAUCUUUUAGAUAUAUGGUUCUGUAUUUUUUGUAAGUGAAUCUGACAAUUACUGAUCAGGUUUUAUAUGAUAACAAUUAAUAAAUUUCAUUUUUUUUAUAUAUAUACUAUAGCAUUUUUUUUGGUUUGUUAUGCCAUGGAUUUGGAAAACAUAAGGAACUAUUUUGACAUAUGUUAACUAAAUAACACAAAACAGUUUUAAGUUCUUAUUUUCCCUAUUUUUGCAAGGACAUAUGGAACAGAAAGUAUCAAGCUCAAUUUAUUUAUCUCAAACUAGUAAUGGCCAUUAAUGUGCAAUUUAAGCUAUAUUUCUGUUUCAUUUUAUUGUAUGAUUUUAAAAAAUCUCCUCUGAAACCACAAGAUUGAUUUGUAUUAAUGUUCUUUAGAACGUUUUAAAAUAUUUUUAUGCGGUAUUCUGCACAGAACUGAAAAUGGGAUUUUUAUUUGGUGAAAAAACAAGGAUGUCAUUGUAAAAAAGAUCAUAUGUGUAAUGGUAAAUUGUAGUUUUUAGCAAUCAAAUUAAAAUUUAUGAGAUAUAUGGGAGAGAAAAUGAUCAAUGACUCAACAAAAAGCUGCCCUUUAAUUUUUAAAAAUAAUUUGAGACCUUUCUGGGAGUUUUGGCUGUUUAUUUAUUACUGAUAUCUAUUUAUAUUAUAUCAACAGUAUAACAGCAUACGUAAUUAAUUAAUUGAAAUAUGUUCAGUUAACAUUUGAAUUUGUAUGAUUAUUCCUGAAGUAUUUCCUUUAUAACAUUUUAUGAUUAUAAGUUAUAUUUUAAUUGCAAUCAUAACUUGCAUUGUUAUUUAUUUAAGUUCUCAUUUUAUACAAAUUGUAUUUUUAUUUUAUUGGUCUCUGGUCUGAUGAUCAAACUUUACUUUUUAAUAAAAUGUUAUGAUGUUUUGUUC